CCGCCAGUUCCCACUACGUCCAUCCGGCCGUCCACACCACACAGCAGUUGUCAGUUCGCAGAAAUUCCGAAUCCCACGAGAGUAACAAGUGAGAAGUGAACUCAGUGACCAUCGAGCAGUUAGAAGAGAAGGUUGCGUGCCGCCACUCUCUCCCUGCACUGGAAUUCCCUCUCGAAUCCACCAAUUGAAAAAUGAAGGUAGUGGGCGUGGCAGUGAUGAUGGUGAUGGUGGUGUCGACAGCAGCAGGCCAUGACUGGGGCUGGGGUUCAUGUCCUUCUAUAAAGACCUUCCCCAAUCUGGAUGUAGACAAGUUCCUUGGGCUGUGGUACGUCAUCCAGCAGACAGACACCACCUCCUCCUGCCUCACCAUGGACUACUCCCGUUCAUCGCCUACUCAGCUCCGCGCCACCAAGUCCCGUCAGCUCCUGGUGCUCGACUCCUUCAGCAUUGAGCACACUAACUCCUACACUGCCAAGCUGGACAUGCCAGACCUCGAUAACCCAGCUGCCAUGAGGGUGAAGUGGCCCCUCAACCUGGCAGGCAAGGCAGACUACAAAGUGGUGGACACCGACUAUGACAACUAUGCCGUGGUGUUUGAGUGUCAGAAGUUUGCCAAUUUCCUGCACCGCAAAUCCACAGCCAUCCUGGCCCGCUCCCCGUCCCUCAGCAACGAGAUCAUUUCUGAAGAGAGGAAGGCGCUGAAUGACAUGGGCAUCUCCACCGGGGACCUGGACGCCAUUGACCACAGUGUGUGUGUGCGGCGGGAGGACUCUGGACUCAACAUCGACAUUGACGAGGAGACCAUCAAGAAGAUGCUGAAGGACGCUUCCCAGAGUGUCAGGAACAUUGCUUCCCAGCUCCUGAUUCUUUUCCAGUUGGCUGGGGGUGCUAGCGACCUGGCAGCCAGCCUGGCUGAGCUCAGCAGGACACUGGCAAGCACCGGCUCCAACCAGGAGGCUGUAGCCAUCAUUGACUAGCAGACGUCCCUUCUCACCUUCCGUCAGAGGAUGUGUCCUCUCCAACUGCCCACCUACACACAGCACACACGGCAUGACUGGAGCUGCCCUUUGAGACACACUUACUUUUGUGUGGCAGGUGUACCAGUAUGAUUCAGAUUAGUGAGGGAAUCAUUUUAUUCAGUCUACUGACUUGUGCAAAAUGCAAACAUUGCAAAACAAGAAAGAGGUGCUUCUCACCUGGUGGCUCUAGUCAGACACACACUGUCUGUAAACCCUAUACAGUGAACACAAAAGUGCCUUUUACUUGAUGGGUCAGUCAUUUUUUUGGCUUCCCAGAGUACAUGUGGCAAUCUUAGAUCUAUGCCUACAUUAAUUUUCUAUCAGUUUUAGUUUCCUUUGUCUUAUAUA